CGCUCGAGAAGCGGAAGGAAAGAAGUCAGUACAUGCUAGAGAGGGAGGGGGAGGUUACUCUACAGCAAGGCACCAAAAAGCCACAGAGGCAGAAAAGAACAACAAAAAGAGCCAAGUUGCUGGCGUUGGGCUUGGUGAACGAAGCCCUGCAAAAGGGCAGUGCAAAGAAGGAGGCCUGGGGUGGGAGUGUGUAUGUGUGUGACCUGUGACCCACACUAAUCUGCUCCAGGAAUGACAGGCAUUCAACUGGCUAUAAGCAUAGGAGCCCUAGCUGCAUCUGGUUGCAGCUCUCUGGGAACAGGACAGCCCUAACCAGCAGAGAAAUGAGUUACGAGGAAUUAUUUGUGAUGGAAAAGCAAGGUAGGGGUUGCCCGGGAGCCGCAUGAUUUUGCCGGACAUAAGGCCCCUGUGGGAACCUGAGAAAUGGGCCAGACCUCCGUCUCAACUCUAUCCGAGCGAGGGAGCAGUGUUGAUGGGUUGGAUAAAGCUACUUUUACAAAUUGUGAUACACAAAACUCAGGCAACCAGACACCCCCUCUAAAAAGGAAAGGAAGACUUUCUUCUAUAGGUAAAAUCUUCAAGCCAUGGAAAUGGAGAAAGAAGAAGGCUAGUGAGAAGUUCAUUGAGACUUCAGCAGUAUUAGAAAGGAAGAUAUCUAUGAGACAGAGUCGAGAAGAGUUAAUACGAAGAGGAGUCCUAAGGGAGAUACCAGAUCAAGAUAGCGAUGUUCCUGAUAAUGUGGGAGAGUCCAAUGGUCACACUGUGCCAAUCAGUGAGGAACCCCCUAGAGAAAAAAGUCCAGCAGCUGAAAAUGGGACAGUAGCAUUGAAAUCGCAUUCUUUAGAAGAAAAAGUGGAAGAUCCUACAGAGAGACCUAACAACUGCCCAGAGAUGCUGCCAACCACUGCUCCAUCUCAGCUUAAACAAAAAAAACCUAACAUUCCUCCUAAAACUGUAGCAGCUACUGGCAGUCAUAAGAAAGUUGAUUCAGCUGCAAAACAUACUGUAGCAGUACCUAAUAAACAGCCACCGGCAGUUCUUCCUAAGCCAACCAAUCGAACAACUUACCGUAGCACUGAGCAAAAUAAAACAACUGGAGCAGCACAGCUCAAAGCUAAAAAAACAGCUACAUCUUCCAAAAGUACAACUCACAGUCCAAGCCAGAAAAAAGAUGAUCCACCCCAGAGAAAAACAACCAAGGGCAUCACGAAACAACUUUCUGCCCCACCACCCAAGACAUUGAGUCGACCUGGCACCCAAGAAAUUGUUGUUUCUACAAACAACAAAAAAACAGUUGCCAUCAAGUCUUCUUCAUUGACUCCAGCAUCUUCCUUGUCCCACCUUAAAUCUAAGCAGCAAGUUCCCAGUAAAACUGUAUCAUCUGGGACACAUAGAGCCAAAAAAGUAGGCAGUACAACUAAUUCUAUGUCAACAGAAGAAGAGUCUCAACCCACAUCCUCACACACACAUUCCAUAGGCCAAAAGAAAACAGAAAGGACAGACCAGUCAUUUCAGAAUUUGGACUCUGAAAUGCCGGAUGUAAACCAGAAGAAACCUGUAUCUUCUGAAGAAAACACAAGCCCACAUUCCAUAUCUGCUUUGAAACAUGAGGUGAAGGCAUCAUGCAGCAUAAAGAUUCCAGAACAAGAAGUCGGCAAGUUCAGUCAGCCAGUCAUUAUCUGUGAUAUAAGUGAGCUUCCCCAAACUGGGACAGAGGGCAAAACUAAUCAAAAGGGUGUGGACAUCCCCAGUGACAGUGAAGAAAAUGAAUUCAGGUCUCAGCCUUUGGAAAGCCAGGAGGAUAGCUCCAGCUUGCUAAGCCAGGAUGCAAUAGAUGAUACUUCUAACACAGCUAUCAAUCCUGAUUGUGAUAGUGAAGGCAAAGAGAGCCAGACUAGUGACUCUGAUUCUGAUGGGCCCAUCCUGUACACAGAUGAUGACGAUGACGAUGAUGACAGCUCUGAGAGUACUUUGGCAAGUAAAAUUCGACGUAGAGAUACACUUGCUAUCAAACUUGGAAACAGGCCCUCCAAAAAGGAUCUGGAAGAAAAGAACAUUCUACCACGAAACUCUGAAGAGGAGAGACAGGAGCUGUGGCAACAGAUUGGAACAAAACUAGUGAGGAGACUCAGCCAGAGACCCACAACAGAAGAGCUGGAACAAAGAAACAUCUUGAAGCAAAAAAACGAAGAAGAAGAGCAGGAGGCAAGAAAAGAACUAAAACGAAGACUUACAAGAAAGCUCAGCCUAAGACCCUCAGUUGCUGAACUGCAGGCCAGACGUAUCUUGUGCUUCAAUGAAUAUGUAGAGGUGACUGACUCUCUGGACUAUGAUCGUCGGGCUGAUAAACCCUGGGCCCGAUUAACCCCCGCUGAUAAGGCUGCAAUACGCAAAGAACUUAAUGAGUUUAAAAGCACAGAGAUGGAAGUGCAUGAAGAAAGUCGACAGUUUACAAGAUUUCACCGCCCAUAGUGGUUCCAUCUCCACUGAAAAUGAUGUAUGAUCCUGAAGUUCUACUUCAAAAUACAACUUUGCACUGGAUGUAAUGGAACGGAAUGUGUGCAUGAACUAUUGGACCAUGGACAGUAAACACUGGGCCUUUCCUUAUCACUAUAGGAUAGGAUACAUGAAGACCUCCAUAUCACAGAAUUGUUCAGUAUGGUUAUUUCCAUGAAAGUGUAAAUGAAGGAAAACCUAAAAACUGACAAUCCUGUAUCAUAAGGACAAAUCUAUUUUUACGAAAGCUUUAUAAAUUAUUCAGUUUUACAAAAGAUUGCUAACUUCAAUAUGGAAUGUCAUUGCUUAUCCUUUCUGACCCUAUGGCUGCCAUAAGAUCACAUAGUUCUGGUAUAGUCCAGCCUUCUUAUAAAAUGACUUGUGAUUGUAUGCCUAUACUUCCUUAUAUUCCUGCUAACAUUUCAUCUUACAAACUUACAAACAACUGAUUUAAGAAAGCAGAAGUGAGUAGCAUUUUGGCCAACUUAUAACCAGUUUGGUGUCAAAAGAAGAAUGUACAUUAUAAUACAUUGGUUUCCAUGGAACAAAUAUUACAAUAUUUAAAAUGCAAUAGUAUCUUCUAUAUAUAAUAAUUGCCGAAAAAACCUUCAAUUCAAAGACUGCAGAAUCCUUUGUGACUAUUCUAUGGCAGCCCUUUAUAGGUGCCCAAGCAAGGACUUAUGGCCUUAAUUAAUAGCUAGUUGGUGAUGUAUUGACGUUUAUUGCUGAUGAGGUACAAAGUGUGUUUCCUUUUUAGCAAAGAGCCUUCCAACUGAUAAGAUGCUAAAAAUAUUGUCUGUCACUUGUAUCAAGUAACUUUAAAAUGGCGAAUGUGCUAAAACUUCAUCAUCAUUCAAUUCUUGUGAAAAUUCUUGUGAAAUGAAUUUCAACAAGUGCUUGACAAUCUGAUAAUUUUUUUAAUUUAACACUAACAUUGCAAGUUGCCUUUAAGGAAGGUAUACGGUCAUUAACCUGGCACAGAGUUAUUUAAUUGAUACUUCAACACUUCAGUCUAUAAGUUAUUUUAAGAAUAGUGCUUGGAUGCAGGUUCUUGACUGGGUGCUUUAUGGUCACAUAUUGAAAUGUAAGUUGUGUAUAAUUAUAUUUUGUUUUGUUAUUUCAGGCUGUGAUAUGAGACCAAAUAGUGUCCAACAAGAAAAUAACUAGCAUUUAAAGUUCAUUUUAAUUUUGUUAUGGCCAACCACUCAAAGGCAAGCAAACGUUUAUUUGCUUGAAACCAUUAGUGAGAUUAGUGACUUUUAGGUAUUUUUUUAAAAAAAUGGUUUACACACCUUUAACUUCCCUGUACGUUAUUUACAAUAUAUAAUAAAAUGUUGCCCAUCAGUGAUGUGCAGGUUGAAUCAGUGAUGUGCAGGUUGAAAAAAACUCAACCUACACCUGACCCCUGAGAACCCGCACCCAACCCCGGGAACCCACACCAGACCCUAACCAACCAUGUGCUCCAAUUUAUAUACCCGUGCCUGCCGCCCCCCUUCCCUACCAUGGUGUCACGUAAGGCGGCACGCCGGAGAGCGAGUAUAUAAAAGGAUCACGUUCGGUGGAAGUGGGGCACUGGUGGGGGGGGCAGGUCGGCCCUCACAUCAUUAUUGUCCAUAAUAGAGAAGCAUUCUGUUUUCCAGUGAUCGCAAGCCCACAAACAGUAUUUUCCAGCAUUCUACUCCAGCCAGUUAGCUGGGAAGGGAAGCUUGUCCUAAUAUCUGUAAUUAUUCUUGAAAUAUUAAAGUGUUUAUUAGGUUAGGUGCUUACACAGCUUGAUGUUUUGUCUUGUUUUGCUUUAAAAGUCAUGCUAUCGCAGUUUGAAAUUUCACAUCAUUUAUGUUGAAAUCAUUUAUGUUGAAAUCACUUAUAAACUUGGGUUAUUAGUGAAUUGAACAUGGAUAACAAGAUAAAAGAAACACCCAUCCUCCUUUUAAGACUGUGGAAGCUAGAAGUAGCUCAGCUACUGCUAAAAAUAUUUUGUUGCCUUUCAACAUAAUUACUAAGAAUUCUGGAAUCACUGAGGAUUAUGGAAGACUGAGCACACUGGGCCCCUCUGAAGAUACUUUAUGGGGGAAACAGACCUUUAAAGGAACACUGGGUAAAACUCAAGGUCCUGGUUAGAUUAUGUACUUUACAUAGCCAGGAGUAUCUGACCUAAUUAAUUCAUUACUACAGCAAAGCAAACUGUUAUUUUCUUUGCCAAACAUGCAGGCAGUACUUUAUAAUACAGUGGUUAAGAGGUUCUUAAUGACACACACACACACACACACAUGUAUACACAAAUGAGCAAGAACGUGACUACAAUCUACGUAACCUAAACUUGUUUAAAAUAAUAGUUUUUUUUCAGUGUGUUACCAUUAGCUGUGUGCUUUGUUCAGUAAUUUCAUCCCAACAUUUCGAAAUUUACGACACACCCUGCACCUCGCCGAUCAGGCCCUAAUAAACACAAAACCCCUUCAAUUGUGAGGUAUGUUAUCAGAAAUGUGUUUACUGAUGGUUAUCUCAGUUUUUAAGUGUUAGGGUGGUGGCUUGGUGGCUACUGGGGGAGAUUAGUCCCACCGACUAUUUACAUUCUAGCUGGCAGGAAGGCAUUUAGGGGAGAUUAGUCGCCCGAAGAAGAGGCGAUUUGUCACUGGGCGACUAAUCUCCCCCAGUAGCCACCGCCCUAAAGUGUCCCAUUACCUGAAGUUUUUGCUUUGUUUAUAUUCAGGAUAUAUGCAAGGUUUCGCCCUCAUUGAAAGGUUUCAAGAACAGGUUAUAUGGGAAAAAUAGAUGUGGUGUAAUUAUUGUAAUUUAAUUUUGUCCAGUUUUAGAUGUUCCAACAGUAAAAGGCAAUUUUUUUAUAAAUAAAUUAUAUUAAAAAAACAUUCAAAUAUUAAAAAAGUACAGGUAUGGGAUCCGUUAUCCGGAAACCUGGGAUCCAGAGAGCUCCGAAUUAUGGAAAGGCCGUCUCCCAUAGGCUUCUUUAUAAGCAAAUAAUUAAAAUUUCUAAAUAUGAUUUUCUUUUUCUCUGUAAUAAUAAAAUAGUACCUUGCAUUUGAUCCAAACCAAGAUAUAAUCAAUCCUUAUUGAAAGCAAAACCAGCCUAUUGUUUUUUUUUUAAUGUUUAAAUGAUUUACUAGUAGAUACGGAAAAUAUCCCUUAUUCAGAAAACCCCAGGUCCCGAACAUUCUGGAUAACAGGUCUAAUACCUGUACAAGAAAAUAACCACAGACUAGGGGGCUAGGCUGCAACAAAUAUAAACCUUAGUGAUUCUUGCUAGGUGCAAUCUACCUUAUAGAGAGAGUCAGGGAAUGUUGCAGCAGGUAUAUUUAUGAAGUUGAUCAUGUUGGAUACAUUAGUUCUCAUGCAUCUUGUGACAAUUUGAUAUUUUUUCUAUUCAAAAAAACAUUUUGACUUUGCAGCACUGCUAAUGUCCUCUAUGUGGUUUAGCAAGCAAUACAAAUACAAAGAGGAAAGGGUUGAACUUGAUGGGCAUGUGUCUUAUUUUUAUUUUUUUUAAACCUUAUAUAUUGUUACCAUGUUAAAGUUAUAUUACUUUUUUUGUCUCUGGUAAUUUACAUUCCACUUGAACAAAAUAAUCCAUUCUGGGCUCAGGACUUUAUCUUUACUGAUAACUGGGGCAGAAUUUUUAAAGCCAUAGCUAAAUAACUACAGAUCCAGUAGUCCUGGCAUAUAUACUGUAUAUGUUUUCAGUGAGAACUCCUCAACUUGUUAUAUGACCUUAGUGUUGACAUUAAAUGUACAUAUUUCCUUUCUGCUAUAUGUUAUUUUAUUAUAUAUAAGAAAUAUGCUUCCUAGUAUAUGCUCAUAAUUAUUAUUAUUAUUUUUUUUUUAAAUAAGAGUAUAUUAAAGACAGCAUUACAGAC